AUGAAUUUUUUGGUUUGGAAUGUCCGAGGCUUUUCGGACGAUUCUAAAUCUCUUCUUAAGGAGCAUUGUCGUUCCUUUUUGCCUUCUCUUGUAGGCAUUAUUGAGCCUAAGAAAAGCCUUCAGAAAGUUCGCCAGAGCUAUUGGAGAUCGAUUAAUUUGGUCCCUCGUCAUCAAAAUUGUCGACAGCCUCGGAGACCGAACAUCUGGUUGCUCACUAGUCCGGAUGUUCAGACCACAAUUCUGCUCUCCUCGGAUCAAGUCAUUAUUGCUGAUUGUGUUUGGCAAACAUACUUCUUUAGAGUUGCUGUUGUGCAUGGUGCGAAUGACCACGUUUCUCGACGUGCCUUGUGGACAGACCUUCUUUCUUUUGUUGAUGGGAACACGGUCUUUAUUGGCGACUUCAACGCCGUUAAGGGAGCUCAUGAGCGACGUAGUUUGGUGGCCCCUUUGAGAAGUUCUUGCAGCGAGUUUUGCGACUUCAUCGCGGCUUCGGAUAUGAUUGAAUCUCCUUCUUCUGGCAUUCGCUUUACGUGGUCUGGUCGGAUUUUACUUCCUCGGCAUGUGGAGUCUAGAUUGGACAGGGCGUUUUUCUCCCUUGGUUUUGCGAAUCUGUGGGCUUCGAUUAACACCCAUGCGCUCCCAAGGCUUACCUCUGAUCACUCUCCCUUGAUUUUCCAAUGCAGCGAUGAGAUGGGUAAGGGGAGACGUUUCAAAUUCUUGAAUAUGUGGACUUCUCACCCCAACUUUCUUGAGAGAGUGGCGUCUUCUUGGGAUGCGGGGACUGACGUUCGUUGUCCUAUUUUUAAAAUCAUGUUCAAGCUCCGUCGUCUCAGAAAUGACCUCAGGGCGUGGAAUAAAGAUGUGUUUGGGCAGAUGGAUAUGCAGAUUAAUUCGGAGCAAGUCUCGUUGCUCGACGUGCAGAACAAGAUUUCUGACCAGGGAAGAACAGUCUUUUGCAACAAAAAAGUCGUGCGCAUUGGCUUUCUGACGGAGACCCAAAGUCACAGGAUUGAGCACUUGAAGAUUGGCGAUGUAGUCUCGUAUGAUAGGGAGAAUAUUCAGCAGCAUAUUAUUGAUUUCUUUUCCUCUCUUUUUAAAGACGAAAGCCCCAGUAAUGUGAAUUGGGAUAUGCUGGAAGGUAUUAUUGAUAAAUUUGUGUCUGAGGAUCAGAAUGGGAAACUCACGCAUAUACCUGAUGAUGAGGAGAUUAUGGCUGCGGUUUUUAGCUUGGAUGCGAAUAGCUCGCCGGGUCCGGAUGGGUUUUCUGGGAAGUUUUUUCAGAGUUGUUGGAGCAUUAUUCGACUGGAUAUUCUUUCUGCGGUGCGUGCUUUCUUCCUUAAUUCUUAUCUGCCUGCAGGCUGCAAUGCUAGCAUCUUAAUUUUGAUCCCAAAAAAGGAUGUGGUGGAGACGGUGGCUGAUUUGCGACCUAUCAUUCUGUCAAAUUUCUUCUUUAAAAUUAUUUCCAAAAUCCUCGCUACCAGAUUGGGGGAAGUGGCGGCAGUUGGGGUGUCGCCAAACCAAUUUGGGUUUAUUGGAGGUCGUUCGAUUCAUGACUGUAUCAUGCUUGGCUCUGAAGGUUUUAGCUGCAUGAAUCGCACGGGCAAACGCUCGAAUAUGGCGUGCAAAGUGGAUAUUCGCAAAGCCUUUGAUACUAUGCGCUGGGACUUUAUUCUGAAUGUGCUCAGGGUUAAUGGUUUCCAUGGAAAGUUCAUUGAAUGGAUUUCCAUUAUCUUCAGUUCUGCCCGGAUUUCCAUUCUUUACAACGGGCAGUUGAGUGGCUACUUCGCUUGUUCCAGGGGAGUUAGGCAGGGUGAUCCUCUCUCUCCUAUUCUUUUUGGAAUUGCUGAGGAUGUUUUGAGUCACUUAUUCCUCACUUGUGUGACUUCUCGUCACAUUAUUUCCAUGGAUUUUAGCAGAAAGGCAUCUUUUCCUACUCAUUUGCUUUAUGCUGAUGACAUCUUGAUUUUCUGUAAGGCGUCGAUGAAAAACGCUCGCAAAAUCAAAGAAAUCUUGGAUUUCUAUGGUGAUAUUUCGGGACAAAUCUGUAACCCUGCUAAGUCUAACGUUUUCUUCGGGAGGGGCGUUUCUUGCAUCAUGAAGAAUCGUGUGAUUAAUGAGCUUGGCUUUGCGAUGGGAUCUUUGCCGGUUACCUACUUGGGAGUCCCGAUCUUCUCUGGUCGCAUGCGUGCUUCUUACUUGAUUGGUAUUUAUGAUAAGAUUGUCAACAAGUUUUCAAGUUGGAAGGGGCUUCACUUAUCUAUGGCUGGCAGAAUUUGCUUGGUUCGUUCUGUGAUUCAAAGUUCGGUAACGCACUCUAUGAUGAUAUAUAGAUGGCCUAAAUCCCUCAUCUAUAAACUGGAUAGGAAGUGCCGCAACUUUAUUUGGUCGGGACAUGUGGACAAAAAGCCUUCGUGCCCGGUAAGCUGGUCUAGGGUUUGCGCUUCUCGGUCGGAAGGUGGCCUCGGGGUUAGGUCUUUCUCGGCUAUGAAUAGAAGCUUCUUGAUGAAGAUGGCCUGGAAGCUUGUGCAAGGCCGAGACUUCGCCCCUUCGGUCAUGGCGACUCGCUACUUGUCGAAUUUUGGCCAUGCCAAGAUGUUCUUGGCUUCUUCUCCAUUUUGGACUGGCGUGAGGGAGCAUGUGAACUCCUUGGUGAUGGAUUCUUAUUCCUAUAUUGGCACUGGAGAACACAUUUAUUUCUGGCAUGACGAUUGGCUGGGUUACAAAUUGGCGGACAAGCUUCAUAUUCCGCCUUUUAUGAGAGACUUCCUGCAGCAAGCUGUGAGUGAUUACUUCUAUGAUGGUGUUUGGCAUUUCACUCCGGAUUUUAUUAUUCAGUUUCCUGAUCUUGUGGUGGAUAUUCUCUUGCUUCCAAUUGGGGAAGAGAGUGACACUCGCUUCUGGAAACCUUCUGUUAGUGGGGAGGUUUCGGCCUCUCUUGCCUAUGUUUCGCAGUCUCCGCAUUUUCCAAAAGUUCUUUGGGGCACUUGGAUCUGGGAGCGUUUUAUUCCUGACAGAAGAUCUCUUAUCACCUGGAGGAUUCUGCAUUUGAAGAUGCCGACUCUGGAUGGUCUAAUCAAAAGGGGCAUGCACGGCCCCAACAGAUGUGUGAUGUGUGGGUUGGCUGAGGAGUCUAUUGACCACUUGUUCUGGAAUUGCAGUGUUAUCCGGCAGACUUGGGUGGUUUUCUUUGAUUGGUUUGCCAAAUCGCACAUGCUGGACUGCUUGGAUAUUCAUAGCAUGUUAGCUGCUGCAUGGAACACUGAUUUCAGUCCAUUGGUUCGGUCCUUCUGGAAAGCUGGGGUGAUUAAUUUUAUUUGGAAAAUUUGGGAUUGCCGCAAUCAAGUGACUUUUAAUGAUGCUAGUUUCCACCCGAAUAUGAUUCUUGGGCUCCUGAAAGUUGCGUUUAAGGAGAUGGAUUCCAAUUUCCCUAAGCUUGGGCGUUCUAAUAACUCUUGGCAAGAUUAUUUGGUGCUUAGGCAAAUUGGGGUCGCUAUGCGCGCUGUUUCGCCCCCUAUGAUGAUUGAGGUUCACUGGUGGCCACCGGCGGGGCAGUGGAUUAAAGUCAAUACUGACGGUUCGGCACUUGGGAAACCUGGGAGCAUUGCCGCGGGCGGUGUGUUCCGCGAUAACUGGGGUGCGGUUCGAGGUUGUUAUCACUAUAAAGGGGGUUCGGGGUUCGCUUUUGAAGCGGAGCUUUUCGCGAUCAUGCAUGCUGUAAGAAUUGCACAUUCUCGUGGUUGGCAUUGGCUUUGGAUUGAAGCAGACUCGUCUUAUGUUGUCCAGCUUCUUCAAUCUUGUUCUCUGAAUGUUCCCUGGCGUUUUCUACCGCUCUGGAAACAGACUUUAAAUUGGCUUUCAACUUUUCGAAUUCAGAUCUCGCAUAUUUAUAGAGAAGGAAAUAGUGUGGCGGAUAUUAUGGCUAAUCAUGCCCGGAUCGAAGGGUGGUGGCCCUUUGCUAUUGAGGAUAUUAAGAUUGCGGUUUCUUUGGAUAUGGCGACUCAUAGUCGCAUUCGUAUGAAGAAUUGA